GUCGGCCGCGGUGCGCCGGGUGCCGCGGGGAGGGCGCACGGGGACGCGGCGGGCCGGGCGGCGGCGAGCGACUGAGACACGGCAGCGGCGCCGGCGUCUGGUGUCGCCUGCAGCCCCUGCCUUCCCGGCGCGCAGCUCGCCUCCUGCCGCGGCCGCAACCUGCGGCGCCCGAGCUCCGAGGGCGCAUCCCCGGGCGCUGGGCCCGAGGCGGCCAAGACGGCGGGCCGGCCGGGCACGGGGCGGCGGACGCUGUGCUGCGGGCUGCGCUGGUGGGGGGCGGCGGGCCGCGGCGCGGGCCCGGGGCCCGGCGCGUGCGGCUGGGAGGCGCUGUGGGGAGCGGGCGCUCGGGCGGCGGCUGGGGCCAUGGCCGAGGGCGGCGGGGGCGCGCGGAGGAAGGCGCCGGCGCUGCUCGAGGCCGCCCGCGCGCGCUACGAGAGCCUGCACAUCUCGGACGAUGUGUUCGGCGAGUCAGGCCCGGACAGCGGCGGGAACCCCUUCUACAGCACCUCGGCCGCCUCGCGCUCCUCCUCGGCCGCCUCCUCGGACGACGAGCGCGAGCGCCCGGGCCUCCCGGGGACUCCAGCCGGCCCGCCGCCGCCGCCCGGCGCCCAGGACGCGCAGGAUCCUGAGGAGGACGAGGCCGGCGCGGGCUGGAGCACCGCGCUGCGGGACCGCCCGCCCCCGCGCUUCGAGGACACCGGCGGUCCGACACGGAAGAUGCCGUCCAGUGCCAGCGCCGUGGACUUCUUCCAGCUGUUUGUCCCAGACAACGUCCUCAAGAACAUGGUGGUGCAGACGAACAUGUACGCCAAGAAGUUCCAGGAGCGGUUCGGGAGCGACGGGGCCUGGGCGGAGGUGACGCUGACGGAGAUGAAGGCAUUCCUGGGCUACAUGAUCUCCACCAGCAUCUCCCACUGCGAGUCCGUCCUCAGCAUCUGGAGCGGCGGCUUCUACAGCAACCGGAGUCUCGCCCUGGUCAUGAGCCAGGCCCGCUUCGAGAAGAUCCUCAAGUACUUCCACGUCGUGGCCUUCCGCUCCAGCCAGACCACGCACGGCCUCUACAAGGUCCAGCCCUUCCUCGACUCCCUGCAGAAUGGCUUUGAUGCUGCCUUCAGGCCUUCCCAAACCCAGGUGCUACACGAACCCCUGAUCGACGAGGACCCCGUGUUCAUUGCCACGUGCACGGAGCGGGAGCUGCGGAAGAGGAAAAAGCGGAAAUUCAGCCUCUGGGUCAGGCAGUGCUCCUCCACUGGCUUCAUCAUCCAGAUUUACGUCCACCUGAAGGAAGGUGGGGGCCCUGAUGGCCUGGACACGCUGAAGAACAAGCCACAGCUCCAUGGCAUGGUGGCCCGGAGUCUAUGUCGGAACGCAGCGGGCAGGAACUACAUCAUCUUCACGGGGCCCAGCAUCACCAGCCUGACCCUGUUUGAGGAGUUUGAGAAGCAAGGGAUCUACUGCUGUGGCCUGCUCAGCGCCAGGAAGAGCGACUGCACUGGCCUCCCACUGUCCAUGCUGACCAACCCGGCCACCCCCCCAGCCCGGGGCCAGUACCAAAUCAAGACCAAGGGCAACAUGUCCCUGAUCUGCUGGUACAACAAAGGGCAUUUCCGCUUCCUGACCAACGCCUACUCCCCAGUGCAGCAAGGAGUCAUCAUCAAGAGGAAGAGUGUGGAGAUCCCCUGCCCCUUGGCCGUGGAGGCGUUCGCUGCUCACCUUAGCUACAUCUGCAGAUACGAUGACAAGUACAGCAAGUAUUUCAUUUCUCAUAAACCAAACAAGACCUGGCAACAGGUGUUCUGGUUUGCCAUCAGCAUCGCCAUCAACAACGCCUACAUCCUGUACAAGAUGUCAGACGCCUACCACGUGAAGAGGUACAGCCGGGCACAGUUUGGUGAGAGACUCGUCAGAGAGCUGCUGGGGCUAGAGGACGCCUCGCCGGCCCCCUGAUGCCAGCGUGGGGCCAGGCGUGGAAGGGGACACAGUCGAGGGAGGGGGAAGUGGAGGAAGAGGAGGAAGAGAGCCUGCCGCUUCCACCUGUCCAGCCAGAGAUUCCCCAGAUGCCCUGGGGUGUGGGCAGAGGACGGCUGCUCUCCCAGUUUCCAUUGAACUGGAGUUGGUCCUCCCCGGGGCGGUGGCGGCUCCUGGCGGGGAGCACUCUGCAGGCACAGGAGCCACGCGCGGGGUCUCCAGAGCGUUCCCUCCUCACCACACCCCCACGGAGCUGGCAAGGCCGCAUCAGCUCCGGGCACAGGGCACCAGGGAGUUCUCUGACAGCGGGAGGCACCCGUGAUAGGAUGAGCUGUAGUGUGUUCUGGGAGCGAAGCCUGCGUGCUGAAGAUCGCGGCAGGGGGUGAGGAGGCACGCCUAGGUUGGCGCUGCUUGGUGAAGGUGGUUGAGGAGGCCCCGUGCACGAGCAGCUUAGAGAGGGCCCCUUGGAAGGAGAAACAGGCAGAGAUGGUCCGUGACCAACGCACCCCUGCUCCUGUUCUUUCUGGCUGCUGGGGGGCAAGGAGGGAGGGAGGGAGACGCCGUGGAGGGUGAUGCUAUUUUUUAUUUUUAAAUAUAUCUUCAGGUUAUUUUCUUACUGUUGCUUAGGAUCUACUGUAAAAGGAAGGGGUCGUCCUUCCCCCCGCCCCUCUCCCUGCCACACUUCCUUGCAUGAUCAGGGCUCUGUGUCUGUGCCCAUGAUGGAGCCAUGAGGGGCAGCUCGUGUCCAGAACCAAUGCCCAGCGUGGACCUGGGGCGCAUGUCCCAGACAUUGUUGGCAGAAGCCCUUGUUUUGACAAAUAUGUAGCAUUGCUGAAACAAACAACCAAGCCCUGCACAGGUGACCGUUUGCGGAUUGUCUUUCCUCUGUGUGCAGCACCCCUGGCGGCAUCUACCGUCCCCAGAAGGGAGGGGUAGUCCUGGGAAAACCCUGGAACAGGACUGUGGCCACACCUGGGUUGGGUGCCACUUGACCCGAGGGCCAGAAGGACUGGUUCACGGCAGAAAGGAAAGAGCAGGGGGCUGGCAGGUAGCAGCGAGGGUGCCGUGGCUCUCCGGAGAGAGCUGGGCUCCUGCGUGUCCAUGGGGCCCCUCAGCACCCAGGCAGUGGACGGGGCUGACCGUCCCCGUGGACCAGAAGUAAGUCAUUUCUGGAAUUGCUCGAUCCCCCUGCAGCCCAGUCUGUGUCAACACCUCAUUUUUACAAAUGCAAAACCUAUUCUACUCAGGCUUUGGGACGUUUCUCCGUGUUCACACUCAGUUCAUUAAAGUGUCGCUGGCAGCAUGCUCUCAAACCCCAUGUCCUCUCUAGCCAAGUCCAUGGUGAUGACCCCCACCCUUCGAUGCCACGGACUGGAGGCCAAAUUUUCGAUGGUGUCUCAAAAACACCUUUGCUGUGCCCUUGAAUCGGAUUGAAAGCACUUUUACCACAUGGAGAAAUAUAUUUUUAAUUUGUGAUGCUUUUCUACAAGGUCCACUAUUUCUGAGUUUAAUGUGUUUCCAACACUUAGGGAGACUCUAAUGAAAGCUGAUGAAUUUUCUUUUGUGUCCAAACAAGUAAAAUCAAAAUAAAAGUCUAUUUAGAUGUUGA